UGGUCAUCUGCGCAGCGAGUAUAAAGCAACAAAACAUAUAAAGAUUUAGUUUAUAUAUUGCAUUUAACAGUUACACAAAUACCUUUCAUUACUGGUGAUGUCAGGGCUGCGCUCCAAAGUUAUCACUCUCUACAAGCACUUACAAUACCUGGGUCGUGACUACCCUGGCCUGAAUGGGCCGCAAAAGUUUCGCAAGCAAAUUCACGAUGCAUUCAUAAAGAACAAGGAUGAGCGCGAUCCCAAGAAGAUUGUCGCUCUGCUGGCACAGGGACGAUACCUCGCCAAGGAGGUGGAGGCGUUGUACUCGCUGAAAAAAUAUCGCAGCGUAAAACAGCGCUACAGCUGCAAUGAAAUGCAAAGCGGAAAUGCGAAUUGAAGGACUGAAACAGAAACGAGAAUAUGAUACAUAAACACCUUUUGUUUUUAUUGUAAUUGAGAAAACGAAACCAAAUGUACACCCCACACACACACACACACACACACACACACACAGCUACCAGCACACAUGCAAACACCAAUUGUUAUUUUCGAAUGUCUUGUCAAUGUUUAACUUUAAGUUAUUGUUGAAUAAAAGAGCAACAGUCAUUGGAUAAGCAAAAAGAAA